GAUGGUCCUGCUGUCAAACACAGAUGCAGAUGCAGCAGCAGGUUUGAGGAGGGCACCGGCGUUAGAUAAUCGUAUUUAUUCUAUCCUGGGAAGCAGCGGGUACCAAUGGAAACGGAGCGACGAUCGGAGGACUAAAGCACACACAUGUAACUCCGUUCACCUCCAGCCCACCGGGAGCCCACGGCCACGGAGCGGGGAUGCUGCACGGACGGACGGACGCACUUGAACAGGGCAAACUUCAGAGUGGGCUCAGGGACAUCCACAGUGAUUCACGGCUGAUCUGUGGGCUCCUGUCACCAGUUGCACCUUAUUAAGAGGCGCAAUUAUGCGGACGGUUUGCGCUGAGUCUUAAUUAGUGAGAAGCGUCUUUAACAGAUCAGCAGGUGAGAACAUGAACAGGACAAAGAACAGACAGCCAGGCUCUACUCCUGCCGCCUCCAAGUUCACCGUGUGCUUCUCAUAAUCUCCUGUUAGUUGGACAUACAAAUACUUCUUCUCUCCCUCCACACAUACUGCAGCCAGCAUGCCAAUCAUCAGCAAUGCCAACCACGACUUCAGCACCUACUCUAUCAGCAGUGACGACAGCAGUCUCGACCGCUUCUUCACAGAAAUCCCAGAAACUGAGACCCUCAAAGGUGUGUACUUCCAACGUGCUCAGCUGCUCCGUGACCCCAAAGCCACAUAUGUUGUGGACCACACCCUGCAGGUUCUUAUUAACGUCGGGGGAAACCGCUACACCUUCCCCUGGAGCACCUUGGAGCAGUUUCCCCAGAGCCGCCUGGGACGCCUGCGUUUCUGUACCACCCCAGAGGAGAUUGCACGACUUUGUGACGACUAUGAUGAAACUUGCAAGGAGUACUUCUUCGACCGUAACCCUACAGCCUUUAGGGUCAUCCUGAACUUCUUGGCUGCAGGAAAACUACGACUGCUGCGGGAGCUGUGUGCUGUGUCGCUGCAUGAUGAGCUGGACUACUGGGGCGUGGACCCGGGCCACAUGGAGCGCUGCUGUCGCCGCCGCAUGAUCACCCGGGUGGAUGAAGUAGCUGAGCGAGAACGUAAAGAAGAGGAGUGGAGGAAGAAGAAAAUGACAUUGAAGAAAGCCACCACAGAGGCUGAAAAGGGCUAUCGCAAACUGAUCUGGAUGUUGCGGGAAGUGAUGGAAAACCCUCAUUCGGGAUUGGCCGGGAAGAUAUUCGCCUGUCUGUCCGUCAUCAUGGUGAUGGUCACCGUGAUCAGCCUGUGCAUCAGCACCAUGCCGGACCUCCGAGCUGAAGAGGCCACGGGUGAGUGCUCCCAGAAGUGUCACAGCAUGUUUGUGGUUGAGUCCAUCUGUGUGGCCUGGUUCACCUUGGAGUUUCUGCUGCGAUUUGUCAAUGCCCAGAGCAAGCUGGCCUUCGCUCGCGGGCCCCUGAACAUCAUCGACGCCAUCGCCAUCCUGCCGUACUACGUGUCCCUGGUGGUGGAUGUCAGAGAUGAGUCAGAUGAGGAGGUCAGCCUGAGCGCUGGCAGAGGAUACCUGGACAAGCUCAGUCUGAUCCUGCGGCUCCUCAGGGCCCUGCGUAUCCUGUACGUCAUGCGUUUGGCCCGUCAUUCUCUGGGUUUGCAGACUCUUGGGUUGACCAUGCAACGCAGCACCAGGGAGUUCGGCCUGCUGCUGCUUUUCGUCUGCGUGGCCGUGACCCUUUUUUCACCCCUCGUCCAUCUAGCGGAGAGUGAACUGGCGCCGUUUGCGGCCACGCCCCCACAUCACAGCUUCAGCAGCAUCCCUGCUUCUUACUGGUGGGCCAUCAUCUCUAUGACAACGGUCGGCUAUGGCGACAUGGUGCCGCACAGCAUCCCUGGACAGAUAGUGGCUCUUACCAGCAUCCUGAGUGGAAUCCUCAUCAUGGCUUUCCCUGCCACCUCCAUCUUCCACACCUUCUCACGCUCUUAUCAGGAGCUCAAACAGGAUUAUGAGCGGCUAUGGAAGGAGGAGAGAAACGAAGAAAUAGCUGCGAAAUCAGAGGAGCCUUUGACCAAGGUCCAUCCGUCACCAGAUGAACUCGCGCCAGUGUCCAGAGCAGAUAAUGAUGUACUAAUGACAAGCAGGAAUCAUCAAUCCAUGCUCCCAUCUACAGCUUUCUAAUGGAGCAGGAAGUGAGCAGUCAGACACAUUCAUUUAGUAAUUACAUGAUAAAACUGGUAACACUCAAUUAUAUAAUUUAUCUUAUGUAAGUAGAUUUCGACUCCAGAGGACCGUUACAUUGUGGAGUUUAACUUCCUGUCUGUCCACGUCCAUGAUCAAACUUUAAACUGUCACUUAUCAAACCAUGUAUUCAGCUCGUAUAUAUCAGCAAAUACAGCACUGCACUAUAUACUAACUAACUGCUUAGCACCUAAAACUUAUUUAUACUUUAACUUUAGGGAUCAAAUGGGAAAUAGCACAAAUGAAGUCAGCUGAAAUAUAAUGGGAAGUAAAAAAAAGAAAAAAAAACAUCUAUUAAUCUAAUCUAGUAACAGAUUUUGAAAAGUCCUGUCCUGUUUUUGUUCCAUUUAUUUUGUGUUUUUGACUUUCUGAUCACACCAUCAAUAGAGGUAAGAAAUUUUCAUGAACCAGAUGUUGGAAUGUCCUUCAGCUUGAUUUAUACUUUGGAAAAUGUGUAAGAAAUAUAUAAAUAUUGGGCUAGAACACAUAACACCACUGUUUAUCUGUCACGUCUCUGUCUCUCUGUUUGUCUGUGAUCCAUUUUGAAAGGUAUAAUAAAAGCAUCUGUUCCUUUU